GCCGGCUAACUUGGCUAAUCUGAUUUAUCGUCUCGGUUAAGCGCACGUAACGUUAGCCAGGAUUACCAUAUUUAGUUUUCCAUAUCUAGCGUUUAACGCACUAUCUACCUGUCAUUAAAUAACCGAUCAUUUCGAGGAUGGCAUCGCUUGGGGAGCCCGUGCGGUUGGAAAGAGAUAUUAACCGUGCUGUUGAAUUGCUUGAUAAGCUCCAGCGGACAGGGGAAGUGCCUCCCCAGAAGCUGCAGGCGCUGCAGAGGGUCCUACAGAGUGAAUUCUGUAACGCUGUCAGAGAAGUUUAUGAACAUGUGUAUGAAACAGUGGACAUCAACAGCAGUCCUGAAGUCAGGGCCAAUGCCACAGCUAAGGCGACUGUGGCAGCUUUUGCAGCAAGUGAGGGACACUCACAUCCACGUGUUGUGGAACUGCCCAAGACAGAAGAAGGCCUGGGUUUCAACAUAAUGGGCGGAAAGGAGCAAAACUCACCGAUAUACAUCUCACGGAUCAUCCCAGGGGGCAUCGCUGACCGGCACGGAGGCCUGAAGAGAGGCGACCAGCUUCUCUCUGUUAAUGGGGUGAGUGUGGAAGGAGAGCACCAUGAGAAAGCUGUGGAGCUCCUGAAAGCAGCUCAGGGCACGGUGAAGCUGGUGGUGAGGUACACUCCCAAAGUCCUAGAGGAAAUGGAGUCACGCUUUGAGAAAAUGAGGUCGGCGAAGCGCCGGCAACAGAACAACUACCCCCAGUAGGAUUUUUCUGUGUUGAUGCCCAGCUCCCAUGUCUCUCCUCCUCUAGCCUUCUGGCCAUGUGUUCUGGUCUCUUUGUCCCUGCCCCAAAAAAAGCAUAACAAACACACCCAAGUUUAGUUCCUACUCACACAUAUUGUAAAGUGUGCUUUGACCCUUCUCCGUAGCAUUUUUAAUAUUGUCACACUGGACACUACAGCUCUAGACAAACACUAUCAUGAUCAUGAUUGUCAGUGUAGGUGGUCACUCACACUUGUGCAUUAUUUUUGACUUGACAAUUUGAAUGCAACUCUGCUUUUGAGACCAACUACACAAUUCCGUUGACUGGAAAGGUAGUGUUUUUAAUUAUUUUUAUCACCACCACUACCAAGUGCCUCAGGGCAAACACAUUUCUCUUAUGUCCUGUGUUCACCAUUAUAUUUUUUUCUUUUUAAUGGUUUAAAGUCAAGUACUGGUAACUAAAUGCUUGUGGCAGGUCUUACUACAUGCUUUGCAUCUGUUAUUCUCAGAGACUAUUUAAUUUGAUGUAAAUACAUUGUAGACUGAUGUAAAACCCUUUAACUGUGCAAACUUAAAAAAAAAAAAAGAUGCAGUUUUAUUGGUGUUGCCACUCUGCAGGCAUGUCCGCAGUAAGGAAGCUUCGGAGGAGUUGAUCAGUUUUAAUUUGUUAAAAAAGAAAAAAAAAAAAGUAGUGAUAUGUGGGAUGAUAAGGGAAACCACUGAAAGGACACUUCAAAACAAAAGAGAUGGAUUAUGAUAUAAUUUUUCUCUGGGCUUACCUUUAAAGUUCUAUAACGUAAUACCACGCUAUAAAAAGCCCAGCAAGUACUGUAAGUGAUGUAAUGGGGUCUCAGCAACUUUUGAACUAAAUUCCUGCACCACAGAGACUCACAUUUCUACUUUCAUCAAAGUUAUACACCUUCAUGAGCAAAGACUUCGCUGCCAGCAUGACAUGAGAUGAACCUGAUUAAUUUGUCUCGACAUAAAAAAAAAUGCCGGGUACUUAAUGAGAAGUCAGUUACUAAACACUGAUCUUUGCAAAGAACUGUUUGUUUGCAUCAUUCGGUGAAAGUAAAAAUGAAGAAAAUAGGACAUUUGUAAAAUCAAACACUGAUCAUAUCAAACUUUAGUUCACAAUAAUGGGUAACGUUAAAUCUCGUCAUUGUUUUGAUUGAAAUGGCAGAUGAGUUGAUUACAUGGCUACUUCACGUUCAGACUUAAUAUUGUUUUAAGGAGAUUAUGCUGUAAAUCUGGUGCAUUGGCACAUUUUAUUUUUCUGCCGAUGUUUAACAGUAAAGUCAAACGAUGUCGUGUAGAACAAAAGUGUGUCCAAAAUUAAACAUUCACUUCAUUUAAACUUUUUUAGCUUGGUAGUCAUCGGGCCGAGACAUCUGCAGCAUCUUUACCGCCUGGAAAACAUGAGGUCGGGCGUUUGGUGCUAUCUUUUAACAACUUUUUGCCAACAGAGGCAAGGUGCACCAGAUGUUGCAAAGCGACCAUAACCAGCUGUAGACUACUUACUUGGUUUUUUUUUUCCGGCUGUAUUUGGCCUAAAAUAUUAUCUGUGGGGCAGAUUUAAAGCUCUUGGGAGAGUUGCCCUCAAAUGAUCAACUUCUCCAUGUUUACUGUAGGAUGAUAUUUACGGAAUAAAAGACGGAUAUCUGCCGGCUCGGACUGGUUGUCACAGGACAUGCGGUGUACACCCCGAAAAAUAGGUGCUUGGGAACGCUUGAUGGCAUUGCUCUCACUUCUGAGCGCGCCUUCCAUCUGUCUAAAUUGACAAUAAUGGAUUUUAGGGCACAAAAAAAAGAAAACUUCUUAAAAAUCAAAAAAGUGACAUGUGAGCUGAGUUAAGGUGUAAAGAACAAUGUCUUCAAAUUUUAAAUAACAUUUUACUUUUUUGAUGCUUGCAUGCUGUUCAAAUACAAAAGCACACUCAUGCAUUUAGUCAUUUAGUGAUAACUUUUUCCCAACUUAUGUGUCACUACAGAUUUAUUAACAUACCUUUUUGUAAUUUUGUCUUUCAUAACCAACACUUUAGUGGCAACCAUGUACACUCUAUGUAACAUACAAACUGCACAAUAUGUCAAAACACGGAUGGUAAUGACUAAUACUGCCAAAAAGUCAAGUUUGUUCUGAUACGCAAUUUAAAGCAGAUGACCCUGAAUAUACUUUAUAUGUAGGUUUUCCUCUCACAUUUACAACACUUACACACUUAACGUAGUUUUAUAGUUUUAAGUUUUUGCUGAAUGCAUGUUUAGCUGUCAUAUGGAUAUUCCCUCUUAUGAUUUGGAACAUUAAUGAUUAAAAAUCCUUUCCUGAUUGUGAAGCCCAAAUCCUACCCUUAGACCUACACGCAGCACAUCAGUCAGACAAGUCUGCAUCAUGAAAAUAGUUCAUUAUUCCAUUAUUUAAACAAAGAACAGCAGCAAAAUAUCUCCAGAACUAAUUAAAUUUCAGAGAUGACAUGUUUUGUUUGUAGAUGCAGUAUCAUGUAUAUAGCAUUAUGUAACCAUGCAGGCUUUGGCUGACUAAGCCACACUAUUGUCCGGUCUCGGGAUCAACGCUUCACAUCACUGAGACAGAAAGGUCGUAACAAUGAAGAUAGGUGUGAUUUAUCUAACUGAUGGUGGAUAAAGUAACAGAAACACGCAGCUGUGUAUGAAAGCAGGAAACCUUUGCCUUCGGUGCAGCUUCAGUCUCUCUUUGAAUGGUGUCCUCGGCUGUUUGUCCUCUGACGUGAACCAUUCUUCUUUCUUAAUGCAGUGUAGUGUUGAAUGGAUAUCUAGCUGAGUCAUAACUGAAAUGACAUAAUGCCUAAUUAAAUAGACAUACAGUUUUUGUGACCAAGGCAUCUGAAAUUAGGUCCCUGUUUGCCUCUGUAGCUGCUUUUGUGAUAAGUUUUUGUUAUUUUAUCCACCAUCUCUUAACAUACAACACGAGCAGCUGCCCGUGACAUCAGCAGCUCAUACAAGACUACUGAACCAUAGGUACUUGUUGGCAUAAAAAAAAAUUAUUUCUCCAAGAUAUGCUUUUGGGCACUAAAAUAACUAUUAUCAUUGUAAAGUUAGGGCGAAAUUUGAUUUUUCCUCCAGACAACUUUGCAGAAGUUUGCAGAAGUAAAGUUUGGAGCAAACAGAUCCCUUUUGUCUUCUUACUUUUGUUUCUACGUAUGUUCAUUAUUACUGUCUAUCUGUUUCUUAAAUGUCAAGUUUACCUGCUGGAUGAUCUUCACUUAGGUCAGCAGACGGUCUCUGUAUCAAACUGUGUGUUAUCUUAAUAAUGCUUUAAAUAUAGCAAGAAAAAUGAUGGUAUAUGAAGAGCACAUAGCCCAGUUGUUUGGUAGGGGGUGUGCUCCCUGUAAUCCAUUACUCCUCAUGAAAAAUGCUGAAUUUUGGGACAAAGUUUAAAAUAAAACAAACACACAGUACUGCAAAAACUGAAUGCAAAAUCAAUUAUCUAUGCAAGGUCAUUUGAAAACUUUGGAAAUAUCCUGAAAUGGUGCAAAAAUAGUUGUCAUUUUACUGCAGAAUGUUAUUGGAAAUUACUGCUUCAAGACUGUGGGGGCACAUUGGAGUUACACAGUCUUAUAAUAAUGUUUAUAUUGUAACAUUCUCAUAUUGAUCACAAUCAAGCAGUUGCAGUGAGAAUUUCCAGGUGAUUUUAGCCUUGCUAUCUAACUAAUGAUUGUCAGGAUGCAUGUAGAAGAAUAUGCUUCUGUGAACGUGUGGUUAGCAAUAGACCAUUUCAUAGGCUGCUUUGAACACACCGUUGUUUUGAGGCAGAAAAUUUAGCAAAAGAGUCGGAGGUGUAUUUAAGAAAAGUCUUAAUAUAAUGUAUAGUUUGUCUCUUAAUUGUGUUUUAUCCAACACUAGCUAGCUACAUCCACUGCUUACACACAUGAAUAGUAAAUCAGGAGAAAAUGAAAUGAGACUUGGUAUUGAUAUUGCACAGUCACUCUUUCCACUGAAUGUCACUGACCAUUGUCUUAGUUGCAAAAUUUUGUGAAGUACCCUUCAACUUUCUACCCGUUUUCCUUGUCUAAAUAUUGGAAUGGUCAAUAGAGUAUUUUUUAUAAUAGUUUUCUUUUGAUAUUUUUCUCAAUUUUUAUAAGUGAUUUUCCUAAAAACAAAUACCAGGAAUGAUUGGUACUUCCACUUUGACUGUGUACCAGGGCCAUAUCAGCAAAGCCUCUCUGGAAAGCAGAGCUGGUGCGGGACCGUGAUAUCUCGACUGUAUGAGCUUACAGACUCUAAGAGACGAACUGUCCCACAUCGGCACUUCUUUUCUGAGAUCUGAACUGAUUUUUCUUUUCUUUCUAGUACCAAGACCAAACUUGCAACAUUUGUGAAAACUUUGAUAAUGUUUUGAAAUGUUUUAGCCGGUGCUUGUUUAGGAUUAUUACCUGUAGACUGUGUUGUGUUAUUUUGUGUUUCUUACCUAAUUUACUGUGUUACAUUGAUGUGGAAUGUAAAAUGUUGUGAUGUAGAACAAAAUAAUAGUUGGACUAAAGGCUAAAUAAACAAUGCUUAAAUUUA